AUGAAACGCCGAUUUGAAAUCCUCCCUCGCAUCUCACGUUGUAAUAUCUAUCUAUCUAUCUAUCUAUCUAUCUAUCUAUCUAUCUAUCUAUCUAUCUAUUUGAGCCUAUUCAUUAUCUAUCUAUCUAUCUAUCUAUCUAUCUAUCUGGUGGGGCUGGUAGGAUUUGCAAUUGAAAAUUACCCCUCUCAUUCUCCUUGUCACUCUCUCACUCUCUUUGUCUCUCUGUCUUUGUCUCUCUCUUUCUUUUUCACUCUCUCUUUCUUUUUCACUCUCUCUCUCGUUCUUUUUCACUCUCUCUCUUUCUUUUUCACUCUCUCUCUUUCUUUUUCACUCUCUCUCUCUUUCUUUUUCACUCUCACUCUCUCGUUCUUUUUCACUGUCUCUCUCUCUUUGUCACUCUCUUUGUCUCUCUGUCUUUGUCUCUCUCUCACUCUCUUUGUCACUCUCUUUGUCACUUUCUCACUCUCUUUGUCACUCUGUCACUCUCUCUCUGUCACUCUGUCACUCUCUCUCUCACUCUCUUUGUCACUCUCUCACUCUCUCUGUCACUCUCUCACUCUCUCUUUUUCACUCUCUUUGUCUCUUUCACUCUCUCUCUUUCUUUUUCACUCUCUCUUUCUUUUUCACUCUCUCUCUCUUUUUCACUCUCUCCCUCUCUCUCUUUUUCACUCUCUCCCUCUCUCUCUUUUUCACUCUUUCCCUCUCUCUCUUUUCCUCAUUCUUUCCCUCUCUCUCUUUUUCACUCUUUCCCUCUCUCUCUCUUUUUCACUCUUUCCCUCUCUCUCUCUCUCUUUCACACUUUCCCUCUCUCUCUCUCUUUUUCACACUUUCCCUCUCUCUCUCUUUUUCACACUUUCCCUCUCUCUCUUUUUCACUCUCUUUCUUUUCACUCUCUCUCUUUUUCACUCUCUCUUUCCCUCGCACCAAAGGAGGAAAAGCAAACUUGAAUUCCUUUCCUCUGCUGCCUUUGUUCGUGUCCUUCUUUAG